UAUCUAGCGCGCACUGCUGCAUUUCUCAUAGAGCCCGUUAUCUGAAUCAUCGCUGUUGGUGCGGACUCCAGUAGUGAUAAGCUACCUGUCACCACGUAGAUACGUACACUCAUCGCGGCCGUCGGUGUGGACCAUUCUUAGUAGGCCGAAUUCUUCGUCGCAAUUGUAGGCAAAUUCUUGAUUCGAUCAUAGUAGUCGUCGCCGUCGUUGUCGUCCGUCUUCGUCGCGGAUUGCUGAAACGGAUUGUGUGAUAACCGCGCCCAUAAUCAAACCUAAUCAGAAGAAGGAUCCACUUGAAGUGCGCGCAGCGUAGAAGAAGACCUGCGCAGGUGGCGGGCGGGUGGUGGCUGACGGGCGACGGUGAUGUGGUGAACCAGCUGUUGAUCACACUAAAUGGAUUGUGUUGCGAAUGCGAAGGCGGACUAUAGAGAUUGUUGUGGUGGACGACAAAACUCUUUCGGCCGCUGCCGAACGGAGCCAGUGCGCGUCGGGAUAUGGUUCUAGGUGGAUCGUACCGUUACACACAGUAUCGCCGGUUGUUGUUGUUCGUUGUCGUGGCCUUCCUUAGUCGGUGAAUUGUGCGUUUGAUCCCGAACAAGAAAGGGAUUGCAUUCAUGUUGAUGUUGUAUUGUUGAACCGGGUGAAAGUGAGUGGAAAGAACUAGAAUCUGGAUUGAUAGUGAAAGUGUGAGCUUUGUUGUUUUCUGCAUUUCAAGUGAUCGGAGCUGAAUUUGUCACCAAUAUUGGACCAAUACGCGCGAAACGAUGAGCAGCUUCGUGGUGAACAACGUGGCCGGUGAGUCCGGCCGGAAGCUGCCACAGUACAUUGCCGGGCUGGCCGCGUCCGGAGGUGCCCUGGCAGCCGGUACCUUCCUCGGGUGGACCUCGCCGGCGGAGAUUCCACUGGUGCAGAAGCAGGAGUACGGCUUCCCGAUCAGUACCGAGGACUUUUCUUGGAUCGGAUCGAUGGCCAAUCUGGGUGCGGCGCUCAUGUGCUUCCCCAUUGGGAUUCUGAUGAAGAUGAUUGGUCGGAAGUGGGCCAUGUUGACGAUGGUUCUUCCGCUGCUGCUCGGCUGGUUGCUGAUCAUCUUUGCGAACAACGUUGCUAUGCUGAUGGUUGGGCGGUUCUUCCUCGGUAUCGGAGGUGGUGCGUUCUGUAUUGCGGCGCCGACCUAUACGGCGGAGAUUGCACAGUCUUCGAUUCGUGGAACGCUGGGAACGUUCUUCCAGCUGCUGGUCACCAUCGGUAUUCUGUUCGUGUAUGGAGUCGGUGCCGCUGUGAACGUACAGGUGCUGAGCAUCAUCUGCGGUGUGAUUCCGCUGGUGUUCGGAUUGAUCUUCUUCUUCAUGCCGGAGAGUCCUCACUACUUUAUCGAAAAGAACCGCGAGGAUGAUGCGUCCAAAUCCCUUAAGUGGCUUCGCGGAAACCGCUACGACGAACGGGCCGAGAUCGAAGAACUGAAAGCCGAAGAUGCCAAAAUUCGCGAGGAUAAGAUCACCUUCGUCCAAGGCUUCAAGCAGCGUGCCACCAUCCGGGCACUAAUCAUCUCCCUUGGCCUAAUGUUCUUCCAGCAGCUGUCCGGUAUCAACGCCGUCAUCUUCUACACCACGACCAUCUUCGACGAUGCCAACACCGGGCUGGAAGCCACCGCGGCCACGAUCAUCGUCGGUGUUAUCCAGGUCGUUGCGACACUCCUCGCCACGUUCAUCGUGGACAAAGCCGGCCGGCGAAUCCUGCUGAUGAUCUCGGACUUCUUCAUGGCCGUCUCCACCAUCCUCCUCGCCGUGUACUUCCAGCUCAAGGAAGACGACGCCUCCCAGGUGGCAAACCUCGGCUGGCUCCCGGUCCUGGCCGUGUGUCUGUUCAUCGCCAUGUUCUCCAUCGGUUUCGGACCGAUCCCGUGGCUCAUGGUCGGCGAACUGUUCGCCAACAACGUUAAGGCCUACGUCAGCCCUCUGGCCGGUGUGUUCAACUGGCUGCUCGCUUUCCUCGUAACGAAGGUCUUCACCAACCUUCGGGAUGCCCUCGGCAUCGCCGGAGUGUUCUGGUUGUUCUCCGGCCUAUCACUCCUCGGCACCGUGUUUGUGUUCUUCAUUGUACCGGAAACCAAGGGCAUCACCCUGGCGGAAAUCCAGCGAAUGCUCUCCGGCGAAAAGGUGCGACGCUCCAGUGGCCACAGCAAUCCAGCGAUGGAGGACGACGAGAAACCCGAAACCCGUUAAGAAGUGCGGGCACUCUCGAUUGUAGGCUAUAUUUAUAUUGUACAUAUUUUCCAACGUUUGAGGCCAACUCUACUAGAUAUACUGCUAAGCCGAAAGUCUAAGGAACUGAAACAUCACUUCACUCGACUGAGAGAGAGAGAGAGAGGCAGAGGCCCGGUGUGCUACUGAUAUGUAUUAUCGAUUUUUUUUAAUGUUAACGAUAGUAAUUUAUGUAUAGCAAAGUAGCGGAUGAGUGCAUUGUGAGUGCUCACGAGAGAGAUUUGAGUGAUAGCAAUAUAUCCAACCAUCACGAGGAUUAACUGUGUAAACCCACUUCCGAAUUUCAGGUCGGGAAUGUCAUGUUACGUCGUUAUCAUAAUCGUGUAACAGUUUUAUGGGGGUCUAUUGUAGUUGGUAGAGUCGGCAAAUUAGUGCAUGUGGUAUUCCGUUAGUCGACUGUUCAACUUUACUGAUGUAUGGUAGAUCCCUUGUGCGAAAUAUGAUUAAACAAUAAAACACUGAAAACUGA